ACACUCAAAACCAAGAAAACAAACCCAUUUCCAUUUCCAUUUCCAUUUCAAUUUCAAUCGUCGUUCCCUUUCCUGAACCUUCUCUCUCUCUCUUUCUCUCUCAAACCUUCCUUUCUCUCUCUGUCUGUAGAUAUAUAUAUAUGUAUAUUUUGUAUACUUUCGUGUGUAUAUAAUCUCUUCGCACACGCGCGCGCGCCGGGCUCGUAUGUGUUUUGUGAAUGAUAAUUGAUUGUUUGUGUUGAGAGUUUCGGUUGGUGAAUUCGUACUGUCAGUGAGUUUUGGUUGUGAAUAGUGGUUUUGAUCGUCGGGGGUUGAGGUGUGUUCAUUACUGUUGGUUUCUUGAUUCUUCGUUGUUGAUUUUGGUUGUUGCCUGAUGGAGUCGGCUGAGAGGGGGAGGCCUGUGGGGGGAAUUGCCAUGGAGUUUCCGGCGAGCGACGGGGUUUUGUCCUGCUCGCCGCCGACUAUCCCGACGUGGCUCCGGAGGAGGCUUUCGGAGACGAAGACGCCACCGCCUUCUACAAUUGAAGAAAUCGAAGCCAAGCUUCGUGAGGCUGAUCUUCGACGUCAAAAAUUCUAUGAGAAUUUAUCAAGCAAGGCUAGGCCGAAGCCCAGAAGCCCUUCACGAUCUUCAUCUCAUGAAGAUGAUCUUGGACAGCGCUUGGAGGCUAAGCUCCUAGCUGCUGAAGAGAAGAGGUUGAGUAUGCUGGCUAAUGCUCAGAUGCGGCUGGCUAAGCUUGAUGAGUUGCGGCAGGCUGCUAAGACACAGGUGGAAAUGCGCUUCAAAAAGGAACGUGCUGAGUUAGGUACGAAGGUUGAAAUGCGAGUUCGGCAAGCAGAGGCCAACAGACUGCUUAUUCUUCGGGCUUAUCGGCAAAGGAGGGCCACUCUGAAGGAGAGGACCUCUCAGUCAUUAAUGCGACGAUCCGCUCGAGAGAGUAAGUACAAAGAGCGGGUGCGUGCUGCAAUGUGCCAGAAGCGUGCAGCUGCUGAGAGAAAGCGACUGGGAUUACUAGAAGCAGAGAAGAGGAAGGCACGUGCUAGGGUCUUACAGGUGCAAAAAGUAGCCAGCUCUAUCUCUCACCAGAGAGAGAUUGAGCGAAGUGAAAUGAAAAACAAGCUAGAAGACAGACUGCAACGGGCGAGGAGAAAGAGAGCAGAGUAUUUGAAGCAGAGAGGAAGACCAUAUAACGCUGUCCUUAAUAGCUUGCACACCAUGCAUGAGCAGGCUGAUAUACUUGCCAGAAAAAUAGCAAGGUGCUGGAAGAAGUUCACAAUGCUGAAGAAAACGACUGUGACUCUAGUCAAAGCGUAUAAUGACUUGAAUAUUAAUGAGAAAUCAGUGAAGUCACUGCCAUUUGAGCAGUUUGCACUUCUUAUUCAGUCAACUGAUACACUUCAUACUACUAAGGCUUUGCUCGAUCGGCUUGAAAUUCGCUACAGAUUAUCUCAAUGUAUUCCUAAUCCUUCCGCUUGGAAUGACAUUGACCAUCUCCUCAAGCGAGUAGCCUCUCCGAAAAGGAAGGAAGUACCUAGGAAAGCCGUCUUCAACAGAGAAGAGAAAAAGACAUUACCCAGCAGACAUGUCGGUAGAAAUCUUCCUCUAUCAAGGUACCAAGUGAGAGUUGUUCUCUGUGCUUACAUGAUACUGGGUCAUCCAGAUGCUGUAAUUAGUGGCCAAGGAGAGCGCGAGGCGGCUUUGGUAAAAUCUGCUGUGAAAUUUGUGAAGGAGUUCGAUUUGCUGAUUAAGAUAAUACUAAAUGGGCCCUUGGAAGUUUCGGAUGAGGAAUCUGGCCAUGUAAUGAUGCGUCGGACCUUCAGGGCUCAGCUUGCAGCAUUUGAUUCUGCCUGGUGCUCCUUCUUGAAUAGCUUUGUGGUGUGGAAGGCUAAGGAUGCUAGGUCAUUAGAGGAGGAUUUGGUUAGAGCUGCUUGUCGUCUGGAGCUUUCUAUGAUUCAGACCUGCAAGAUGACUCCUGAUGGGGACAGUGGUCCUCUCUCACAUGAUAUGAAAGCUAUCCAGAAACAGGUAUCUGAGGAUCAGAAACUCUUAAGAGAGAAAGUACUACACCUUGGUGGAGGUGCUGGUAUUGAGCGUAUGGAAACUGCACUUUCUGACACACGGAAGAAAUUUUUUAAUGCAAAGGAGAACGGGAGCCCAAUAACUCCGUUGUCUACACUUAUCCUAUCCCCAAGUCCAGCUUCCUCUUCUUCUUUUGGUAGCUCAGUUAAAGCGAGUAAUGCAUCUGUGAGCUCUCAAAAGCAAAGCUCAGUGGUGCGAUCUUUAUUCAGGGAACAUGCUGACCCUAAGGAAGUUAGUUCCCCUGUGUCAAGCUCUAGCAUUUCCCGAUUCUCUGGUGAGAGUUUGGACAUGGAGAAUGUGAGGAUUGUCAAUGAAUAUGUUCACGGGGAGCGCCUUGCUUUUGCUGAUAGCUUCAGUUCAGCUGGUGGAUAUCAAAGCAACAUCAUGGCAAAGGUAAAAGAGACGAUGGAAAAAGCAUUUUGGGAUGGCAUCAUUGAAUCUGUGAGACAGGAUGAACCUAACUACAGUCAUGUUGUGGGAUUGAUGAGCGAGGUGAGGGAUGGAAUUUGUGCAUUGGCCCCAGCGAGCUGGAGACAAGAAAUUAUUGAAGCUAUUGACCUGGAAAUUCUCACUCAGGUGCUGAACUCGGGAAAAUUAGACAUCAAUUUUCUUGGGAGGAUUCUCGAAUAUGCAUUGACCACUCUGCGGAAGCUGUCCGCUCCAGCUUAUGAGGAUGAAUUGAAGAAAAAGCACCAGCAGUUUAUGAAAGAUCUUGCGGAGACGUGUUGGGCCAGUGGCAGCUCAGAGAAUUCACAAGUAAUCGCUUUAAUUAAGGGCCUGCGUUUUGUCCUAGAACAAAUACAGGAACUGAAGCAAGAAGUAAGCAAAGCGCGCAUCAGAAUUUUGGAACCGUUCUUGAACGGACCUGAGGCCUUAUAUUUUCUUGGAAAAGCUUUCACUAAUCGAUAUGGCCAUCCGUCUAACGCGCUGACUGCUUUACCCUCCACUGCAAAAUGGCUUUCAUCUGUACGCGGAGGUAAAGAUGAGGAAUGGAACGAACACAAAUGUUUACUCUCUGAGUUGACAAGGAGACAAGAGAAUUCGUCAAGUUUUCUGCCGACCACUACUCUUCGAACCGGAGGAAGUUCAUUAGUUAAAAUGAACGGAAAUCAAGUUGAUGUAUCUUCAACGUCGAGUGCUACAACCUUUAUUGAGACCAUUGAUCCCCAUUUGGAAUGCAAAGGAGAGGAGAUUGAUCUGUUGGUGAGGUUAGGCUUGUUGAAGUUGGUAAACAAGAUAGCUGGUUUGACAGAAGGUGAGCUGCCGGAAACUAUGAGCCUCAAUCUCUUCAGGCUAAGAGGUGUGCAGUCCCAAGUCCAGAAGAUUGUUGUGAUAGCAACAAGUGUUUUAGUCUUGCGGCAGACUCUUCUGAGUCAGCGAAUAGUAACCAGCCAAGCGCAAAUGGACACCAUACUUUCCAGCAGUGUUAAACAGCUUUCUGAAUGUCUCGACUCGGCUGCAGAUGCUGGCAUCAAAGAUAUUGUCGAGAUGCUCACCCCUGAAGACGACAAAUCAGUUGACACUAAGCUUCAUCCAAUGAAAGAACUAAUGGCCAGGAUGUUGAGUAAAAGCCUGCAAGAAGAUGAUGCUGUUUUCACCCGUGUCUCUCGUGCCGUAUAUCUGGCCUUGAGAGGAAUUGUGCUUGGAGGAACUGGAAAACAAGGGAGAGAAUUAGCAGAAACGGCGUUACAGAAAGUUGGGGCGUCCCUGCUUGUCGAUGAGGUUGUCAAAGCUGCAACGGUGCUGGUGGUCACAGCCAAGGUGUCUGUGAUCGUUCACGGCCCUUGGUAUGCAAACUUGACGAAAGAUUGAGUUUUACUUGGUUGUGUUGUACAUAUUUGUUAGCAUCCUGAUUGUUUAGCUGCUGUGUACAAAUUAAUCUUUGGCAUGUGAUGGUGUAAAAAAGAUCCGAGGGUAUUGAUGUUGUGUAGAAAAAAUGAUAUUGGAUUGGAAGAUGGAAUAUGUAUAUAUAGAUGAAUGAAUAAGGAAGAGGAUGUUGUGUUUCUGUCUGGUGGUAAAUUUGUUGGUGGUGUCUUAGGAGCAAUUUAUCACUUGAAUAAAGUGUUGUAUGUUAAUUGUUGGAUCAAAAUUCUUAAACCCA